UGUAUACCGUUUUCAUGUCAUGUCAAUAGAACCUCAGACGCCUGUGCUCCUUAAGCCCGUAUGGUUUGAACUAAAUGGUCGAAUCGCCGAUCUUCGAAAUUCUGCAACAUGAGCGCCAGGGGUCUCGGCAAAGAGGUUCAGCAGUUCUUGGAUGCUCUAGCUGGGUUGCACGCUAGGCUGUCGCUGGUGCCACCUGACAUCAUCCAGACACUGGUGUUUUUGGCGUGUAAACUGUUAGAAGCGGAUCUUGCAGUUGCCUCAACGAAAUUAUGUUUACCAUCCCAAGUACACGUUCAACCCUGGAUUAGCAAGCACUUCGAGUGGAUGCACCCUUUCGAGUAUAUUGCCCUUGCGGUCAGUUUUCAAGUACGUGCGGAAGCCCGAGGUGGGCUGUCAGAAGACGCUCAAGUUCGUCGAGCGUUGGAGCUCAUGGCAACAGAGACAUUGAUCGAUAUCAAACCAAACGCGCUUCGUGGAGGGCGCUUGAAUAAGAUGAUGCCCACCGUCAUCGCAAUAGGCAUCUUCCAAGACAUCGGCUUGGUAAUUGGCACAAGUGUGGAAUUUAGAGGAACACGUUUGGACAGGGCUGCGUUCCAUGAGCGGCGUCAGCAGCGCUUCUCCGUCGGCAUAGAGGUACCCACGACCCGCCUGCUCCCACUGGUUCAAAGAACUGUGGAGGAUGAUGUUUUGGUGAGAAUGAGCAAUGAUCGAUCUUUGAGCGUCGCCCAUUCGCAACCUUCCGGUAGAACUGCAAAAUUUAUUCGAGCAUUUAGGUUCGACUAUCGAACCAGGGCCUACGUCGAUGUCGCCCCGUGCAAUGCAUGUUUCUGCUUGUACCGGUCAUGGUGGCCAUCACACCUCCAGCCUUCCGAUCUUUCGAAUGGAGUGCUUCAAACUGCGCCAAUAAACUGCGCAGAACACGCCGCUGUACACCUCUCACGCAUGGAUUUAACUUUCCAUGAUCUCUUUAGUAUGUUGGAUUCGAAUAUUCUUUAGGAAAAUUUCGUUGAUGUUAUAAAUUCCACCUUCAACUUCCCCUGUAAAAAGUCCGUGAUGCUGUCCGCGAUUUUGAACAGGUUUUCCCCACGCAAUUUGCCCACAAUUACAGAUCCAUUCGUAUGCAUAAAAAGAACAGGGGUCCUUUCCAG